GGCGAAGUUGACGUCACCCACAUCCAUUGGAUGUUUGUGGAGGAAGCGUCAAGAUGGAGUUCUUCAUUGGGAACCCGUAUAGUACUCCCGUUGGACAAUGUAUAGAACGUGCUACAGAUGGAUCCCUGCAAACUGAAGACUGGGCCCUGAACAUGGAAAUUUGUGAUAUUAUUAAUGAGACUGAAGAAGGGCCAAAGGAUGCAAUCAGGGCUCUGAAAAAAAGGCUGAGUGGAAAUAAAAACUACCGGGAAGUGAUGCUUGCUUUAACGAUUUUGGAGACCUGUGUUAAGAACUGUGGUCAUCGUUUCCACGUCCUCAUAGCCAACCGUGACUUUGUUGAUGGUGUAUUAGUAAAAAUUGUCUUGCCCAAGAAUAAUCCACCAGCCAUUGUGCAGGAUAAAGUCCUUGGACUUAUACAAGCUUGGGCUGAUGCUUUCAGAAGUAGUCCUGAUCUGACUGGAGUAGUUCAUAUUUAUGAAGAGUUGAAGAGAAAAGGGAUGGAGUUUCCAAUGGCAGACCUGGAUGCACUGUCUCCAAUUCACACACCAGGCAGAUGCGUUCCUGAGGUAGAUCCUGCAAUGAACAAACCAAUGCCUCAGUCCCGACAGAAAAGCACUUUGCCGGCCAGCAUACCAUCGGCACCGUCCACACUGAUUGCCUAUACAGCCUCUCAAGGCCUUCCAGCUGGACCAAUCACUGCAAAUGUUGAACAGCUUGCCAGGUUGCGCAGCGAGUUGGAUGUCGUCCGUGGAAAUACCAAAGUUAUGUCCGAAAUGUUGACAGAAACAGCCCCUGGAGAGGAAAAUCAAUCGGACUUCGAGUUGCUGCAGGAACUGAAUCGUACAUGUCGAGCAAUGCAGCAACGAGUUGUAGAACUUCUUUCCAAUGUAACUAAUGAAGAGAUCACUGAGGAACUUUUACAUGUAAAUGAUGAACUCAAUAAUGUAUUUCUUCGAUAUGAAAGAUUUGAGCGAUGCAGAUCAGGACAUGAAAGUCAGGAAGCAAGAGAUGGUGCAUUGAAUGAAGUUACAGACACAGAUAAUCUAAUAGAUUUGGGCCCAGGGUCCCCUGCAGUUGUGAGCCCAAUGGUUGGAAACAUGAGUGCUCCUACUUUGUCCUCACAGCUUGCUGGGCUGGACCUUGGAACAGACAGUGUUAGUGGCACUCUUAGCUCAUUGACCAACUGCAAUCCAGAUGCUCAAGAUUCAGCUAAUUUUGAUAUGUUUGCACAGAUCAGAAGCAGCUCUCAGGCUGAUCAGUGCAAGAAUGUAACAUAUGAAGACUUGCAGCCAAUUGGAGGAUUGGGAGCUGCCAUUGAUCAACAAAAUUCAAGAGUGCUGAACCAUAGAACUGACAACCCAGACAUCGAGCCUAUAGACAAGUGGCUCAUGACUCAAGGAAUGAUUCCUGUUGCACAGUCUGUUAUGGACGACGUUGAAGAAUGGCUCAGCACUGAUGUGAAGGGAAAUGAUGUAGAAGGAGGAGUAACAAGUGAAGAAUUUGAUAAAUUUUUGGAAGAAAGAGCAAAAGCAGCAGAAAGAGUCCCAAACCUGCCUUCUGCCCUCAGUAGCAACUCCAAUCCUCCUCCAGUGUCUGCUGAAAGUGUAAACAAAUCGGACCAUUCCAAGGAAACCCUGUAUGCUUUAUAAUGACGUGUGUGUGUGUGUGUGUGUGUGUGUGUGUGUGUGUGUGUGUUGUGCAGGAUGUUGCUGUACAGUUCGCUAUAGCUUCUCAAUGUGUGGCUUGUGAUGCACUCAAGUUUUAUGCAUCUCCCUUUUAUUUCAGCUCCCCCAGUCAACUCAUUAGUAAGCUGCCUUCGUAGUGGGCUCAUUGCAGUUUAAAACUGGCAGAUCUUUUAAAACAGAGUUUUAGCAUUCUCCACGAUUCAAUGUAUUAUGCCCAUAUAUAGCUGGACUUGCAACAUUUCCCUGUAGUUGAUCACUAAAAAGUGAUUCAAUCCCACUGCCUCCUAGGUAUGAGUACAGUUCAAGCCCAAAGGACCUACAUUCUGAUUAACCUGUACCUUGCCAAAGGGAAUUGGAACAGCUGGCCUUUUUUGCAUAAUUGCAAAAUGUUUAUUGUUUAAAAAGAUGACAUUUUGGCAAGUGUGCUUUUUUAAAAAAAAAUUGUAUCUCUAAGUGAACUAUUUAGUUCUGUUGGACAAUAGCAUCUUUCACGUUGCAGUAGGCAUCAUAGGAGUUUUUCUGUAUUAUAAGGGACAUUAUAAUCUAAACUCAUAUCUUAAUGAUGAAUAUGUUAAUUGUAUUCUAUGUGUAACACUAAAUGUGUUGUAAUGGGAACUGUAUUGGAAAUAUACAUUAAAUAUAGGAUGAACCCUUAUGUAACUAAGAAAUGAUACUUAUUACUGCAGAAAUAACAAUGCACACUUGAUAUGAAGCAUAGUGGUUAAAAUGGCAAUUUUCUAGGCGUGUGAGCAGUUAUUUUAUUUUGGCUAAAUCCUGCUAAUUUGAUGUGUGAACAGUUUGGCCACAAGUAUAUUUUUCCCCUCUAACCAUUGAUGAAAUAACUAAUCAAUCACCAAAAAACAUGUCUAUCGUCUUUGAGACCAUACGCCUAAAAUCAGGUAUGUGUAACGCUUGAUAGUACAGAUUUGUGCUGUUGGCCAUGAGGACAAAUUAGAUUUGUGCUGAUUCUAAGUGUGCAUAAAUGGAUUAUAUACUGGUGAGAGAGAGUAUGCCAUCUGUAAAUCAAGAACAAAAACAAAGUUGCUGGAAAAGCUCAGCUGAUCUGGCAGCAUCUGUGGAGGAGAAAACUGUUAACGUUUCAGGUCCGGUGACCCUUGCGCAGAACUUGAACCUUCAGACCCAAGAUGUUAACUCUGUUUUCUCCUCCACAGAUGCUGCCAGAUCUGCUGAGCUUUUCCAGCAACGUUGUUUUUGUUCACUUUUACCCCAUCCAUGGUUCUUUUGGCUUUUACCCCAUCCGCGGUUCUUUUGGCUUUUACCCACCGUACUAUAUUUCGUUGGCAUCAUUAAAUGUGGGAGAAUCUCCAAGUCAUCUAUUCCAUCGGCAUCUUAAUAUAGGGCAGUUGUGUGAUGAGUAAGUGUCUAGCAUCCACUACAAUGAAAACAUGUAUCUAAAAUUAAGUAUCUGCAUGUUGUACAUUGCUAGGUUAUUGGUAGUUUUCUCUGCAAUGAUAAAAAUCUAUAGAUCUUAUUUUUCACAACAGAGUUGCUAUGUUUAGUAAUAAAAAUAAUCACAUUUCUUUCCUCUAUUGGUCAGGGCCUAGAUUUGUAUAAUCUGUUGUAAGACUGACAAAUUGUAGUUAUGUUUAACUUGCUGGACAUUCUAUGUUUUUCACAACAGAGGUACUAGUUUGCUAUUAGACACUGCUUGUUAAAUUAACACUGUGUUGAGCAGAAAUACAAAUUCUAAGGGGUGAUAUGUUUACUUGUACUAAGCACCUUUUGUAAUGUAUUAGAAAAUUUAUAGGGAACUUGUGGGAUUUGUUGCAGAGCUUUUCCCAAUUAAAUUGCCCAAGUAACAUUAUAAGCUUUGCUGGUGAAGCUUUGUUUGUUGCCUUUUAGACCCAUUUGGAUUCAGAUACAUGUUGUUCAGCUUUUUGUGCAUCUUUGUUUUGAGGCACGUGGCUAAUGUUUCUUGUAGAAAAAAAUAGGUAGCGCUAAUCAAAAGGAGGGAAACCCACAGUGAUGGUUUGAAUAUUCAGAUCCGUUCAACAAAGGCUUUGAAAACAUUAUGAUCCAUGCAGUUUCUUGCCUCCCAUCUCUCAACUCAGCUGAGGGGUGAUUUAGAAUCUAACUUUAUUAUCUCCUCCUUUCCAAAUGAGUGGGAUAAGUUAAACUGGCUUGGGAUAUGGAAUCCCUGCAUUCACUUUGGUGCAAGUGCACUUUAAGCUGCCUAGGAUCUUAAGAUGUCUAGUUGUUUGGUUUCCGUCCCAUAGCCUCUUAUCACUAUUAAGUAUUUUUUGCAAUGGGGGAAAAAUAAACUGGAAGAAUAGCCCUGCAAAUCGCCAUAAUUAUACCAUCCUGGAAGAAUAAUGUUAAAUGUGUAUAAAAGGUUUGCUACUGUUAAUACAGAUAUAAAUGUACAGUUCAAUGGAUUUAUUGUAAAAAGAUACUUCCAGUAACACAUUCAGAGACUUUGAUAAAUAGACAAUGUGUGACUUGGUAGUAUAAGGUAUGUAUAAUUUGAUAAUCUGCCAAAUGUUUUAAUGUAAUAAACUAAAAGUGUGUAUGUGCAAUUAGCAGCAACGGAAUUGAGAUGUAACAUUUCUCUUAUUGUCAAGUAGCAUGGUGCAUAACAAUGCCACUCAUCUCAUCAAACCGUUUUUGAUCAAUGGUGUUGGGUAGCACCUUUCUGACUAUCUCAGAUAUUGUGGUAAUUAUUAAUGACCUCAAGCAAACACAGUUAAUGUUGCCUCCUUGACAGUAGACCCCUCUAAGUGUUGCCACAUGCACAGGAGCAGAAAGGUCCUUCUAAUUUGCAAAUUAUUUCAGUUGCAUGCUUGUUAAAAGGCUAGGAUGAAAGUGUGAGCGUUUUAUAACAGUAAACUUUCAGGAAUCCUCAAGUGUUUUAACAGUGAAUACUCUAUACAAGCCUUUCAGCUUGGAAGCCUGAUUAAAUAUGUUGGGGUUUUAUUUCGUUUUGUUCUGUUGAGAUACAUAUUGAGUUGGUAUCCUUUAUUAUGAAACUUACUGUAAAUUCACAAUUACAAUUAAGACAUGCUGCAAAAUAACAAUUGGUUCUCUAUAAUAGCCAAAUGAUAUUAAAAAUUUAAGUAUACUGAAUUCCAAAGGAGGAUGGAAUUCUCAGAUGCUGUCUUCAGUAUUAUCAUGUACUCCCACUGAAUCCAAUGCAGUUUAAACUUUGUCAACAUCAUCCUGCCAAACCAACCUUAACUUCAGAUUUAGGGAAAAAAACAUAGCAGUGACCAUUAUGCAACACUACCCUUUUCCACCAAACCCCCCAAAAAUAGACACACACAGAUGUCCCAAUCCCAUUUUAACCCAGUAGGCUACAAUUUAAGCCAUGUGCCUCCUCUCCUAACAUAACAAUAAAAAUUGAUCUUGUAGGAUGACAGAUUAGACACUAGGAGCCAAAUGACAGCUUUGUGCUCCUCUUUCUUCUUCUUGUGUCCAUAAUAUAUCCCCGGUGGCAUUCAGUGCACACUUACUGCUUUCCAAAUGUGUAAUCCUAAUUUCAUAAAGAAGCUUAAACUGAGAUUUUUUUGCAUGUACUUUUACCCAUUUGGUUAUUAAAAUUCUACCUGAACAAUUUAGAUUCAAAUGGAAGUGCACAUGGAUAGGUCUGGUUAGAAACCUGUUGACACAUGACUUCUGCAAGGUUCAUUAAGCCUCCAAUUUUUUAAAAAACUAAAUUAUAUUAUCUUUCUUCAGCUUUCUCUUUUCAUGGUGAAAAUGAGAUGGGGGGGUGAGUUUUAGAACUAACCUGCGUUUUGAUUUGUUUCUUAUUUGUUAUAUGUAAGGUUAAUUAUUAUUAUUAAUUCAGUGGUAUGUUGGUACUGCAUGGGAUUGACUACUUUAUACGAGGCUUGUUAAAAAUAUAACCAACUCAAAAUUAUGCAGUUUAGCAGUAUGAUCCCUUUACUUAUAAUCAUAACACUACACAACCUCAAAGGCUGUAAGAGCUAAACCUCUGUAUGGUUAAUAUUUAUUUAUUAACUUUUUUUAGGUUUUGUUUCCAUAUAUGAGAAAAUGUUCCUUAUAUGCUCAUCCAUAAACUUGUAUUUCACAAAUUUGUGUUUCUGCAGACUUGUGAAUUAUGUCAUAUUGUGUUACAAAUUGUAUGUGUGUGAUUUGUACUGAACUGUCACUACUGUUUAAAUUCUGUUGUGCUUGAUUCUUGCAUGUAAUGUUAUAAAUAAAUGCUAGUGUGUGUGCUGGUGUGCUCUUC